UACUCAUUGGAUAAUCUUCCUACAACUCUGCAAGCAUAAUAUACACACACAUGUAUAUACAUACACUUAUCACAAUCUCACUGUCACUGCCACUACACUAGUAGUCUAGUACUAUUUCCAUUCCUCUGUAACCCAAUUUUCUUGGAACCCAAAAACUGAAAAAGCUGAGAGAUUUCAAUGAAGAAUUUGAAAGCAGGAAGUUUGGUAUGGGUGAAGAGGAGAAAUGGGUCAUGGUGGCCUGGGAGAAUAAUGGGUCUGGAUGAGCUUUCUCCUUCUGCUCGCCUCAAAUCUAGUUCUGCUAAACCUGUGCGCCUUCUCGGCAGGGAAUACAGCUCUGUAGACUGGUACAACUUAGAGUCAGGGCGCAUAAAAGCAUUUCGAUGCAAUGAGUUCGCUGACUUCAUUAAGAAUGCUGAGGGCUUGAAGGCCUCUCCUCUCAAAGAACAUGUGAAAUAUGCACACAGAACAGAUGCUAUCAUUCAUGCUCUUGAACUUGAAAACAAAGAACCUCGAAGGAAACGGAAAAUGACAGACCGUAAAGCAGAAGCAGUGGAGAAUAAACCAGUAUGCAGAUUAAAGAGAAGCAGAUGUGUAUACUUGCCAGUUGGAUCAAGAAAAAAUUCAGAAUGCACUAGUUUUCAUGCUCAACCCUUACCACGCCUGGUUCGAAUGGCUGGUGACCCGUAUCAAUCCAGUGCAUCUGAAAACAAUUAUUCUUCAAGAUCCCCCGAUACUUAUACUUUUGGCGAAUAUGCUCCUAACGGAAGGGCAGAUGAAACAAGUAAACAACUUUCAGGUUGCUGUAGUGGGUAUCCCAGAACUAGGAGACACAAGAGGCAUGAAGAACUUAGUGACAUAACUCGUGAUGACCGUAUUUUAGAUGAUGUUGAGGCGCCGGAGAAGAAAAUAAUGCUGAAACUGAAACAUCUAAACCCGUACAGGGAUUUACCUGAUGGGCAGAGGUUCAUUGCUUCUGGAAAUGCAAUUCAGAAUGAUAGCAAUCCUUUCACUGUAGAUGAUGUGAAGUGUCCAAAAAGAACUGGAUGUUCUGGUAAACAAUCAAGGAAGCCGAUAAGAGAUGUCUACUUCUCAUCACAGUUUGAAGAUGGUGGCCUGGAAAUUUCCAGAAGGCAGACUAGAUCAAUGUCCUCCACGGAACCGCUGAUUGAUAUCAAGCUGACAGUUGAAACUCGUUACGAAGGAGCAUCUGUCCCUUUGGUUUCUCUAAUGAGUAAAGUGAACAGGAAAUCAAUCAUAGGGUAUCCAGUCGAAGUAGAGAAGUUAAAAAACGGCUCCACAGAGAUUAUUCUUCCUAUCAAUGACAAUGCCGGCAACCAAAUAUUGGAUACAAAAGGCACUCUAAAGCUCCAAUCGUAUCCCAGGACUCCAGCUUGUCAUCGUCCAGCUACCUCUCUAUUGACUCGGUCUGUUCAGACAACUGCAAGGAGGACUAGUGUUUCUUAUUUUCCAGCUCCCUCUCCUCCCAUCAAGAAGGAAUUUCAAUCGCUAAAUGUUCCCAGUAAGAAAAUUCAUUCAAGGCUGGUGAAAAGGGAAAACAAUUCUCUUCCUGGAGAGAUGCUUCAAAAUCUGCCUGCUGUCGUAACGUGUGUCCCUGUGAAACUCAUAUUCUCUAGGUUAGCAGCAGCAGUCCAACUUCAACCCGAAGCCAACAUUCACAGUUAAGCACUUGGGCAUACUAGCUUAGAUCACAUUUUUUUUGCACAGAAUCAAACUGUUUAGUCUAUUCUGAUCUUUGUGGACCAUCAAGGGUCUGCAAAUGCUAGUUGUGACAUAUUGAUUAUAUUUCCAUCUGUUCUUUGAGUGCACUGAAAAACUGUCCUUUCCCUGUUCGAAUUUGAGUCUGAAGAACCCCCAACUAAAAUUAUCUCAAGUUCCUAUAUUUUGUUUUUCA